UUAAAUUAUAUCACUUUUCAAAUACAGUUUUGACAUAGAAACAUGUAUAAAGUUGCUUUGAUUUAUCAUAAUUGGAUUUUAAGUCAUAUUUCAAAAAAUUAUAAAUAUUAUCCGUUGGUCGUCAUUGGACAUUCAAGAUUUUACAUUCAUAUAAUAGGUCCUCGAUCUGGCCUACUUUCAGUUUAAAAAUAGAUAAAGAUAAACCACAGUUCAUUUUACUCUUUGGAAUUGUGUAAGUGCUAUUUCACAAAUCUAAAAUUACACAAAUAUUCCAGAAACACUGAAUUAUUUUACUUCUUAGUUACAGAUAUGAAUUGAGUACAUGAGGGAGCUAUAUGUUCUUUGGCUCCGUGGAACCCUAAAACGAAAACAUACUGUGAAAGUCAAAAUACAGAUUCUAAAAAUAUUGGACAUAUUUAUAAUUAUAUGGUGCCACCUUUCUGUUGAUUUCACUGUUUUUGUCUGGUAGAACGCGUUUAUGUCAAUGAUGCUAAUAAAAUAUUCAAAACUUGCAUUUGAUAUCUACAUACCAGGUACAACUACAUACCAAUUCUGAUCAACAUCAAAUAAAAUAAUAUGUGUGUGUGUGUGUGUGUGUGUGUGUGUGUGUGUUUAACAUUAUUCUAAAGAAGUUCUACUUAUCAUUGUUUCAGAACGUUUGCGUAAAAGGCACGGCAAGGAACUGCCCCUUCAAGUGGUGUAUGAGGACCAGCCUUGCAAUGACUUCAAGUCGCUGUUUUUUAGAAUACAUGGUUUGCUGAGCCAUGCACCCACGUCCUACAUGCAGGAGUUUAACAAUGUGUAUGUGUUGGCCAGUGGUACCAGUUUCUACUCCCAGUGUUUGCCUCCUGAUAGCUUGCACUUUGGUAUGUCCUUCACUGCCAUGCACUGGCUGUCUACUAGACCGUGUAGAAUCACCGGAGCUCUGGUACAUCUUGAUAUCACAGAUCCUACGGAGAAAGCUCUGUUCCAAGCCCAGGCGGCCAAAGACUGGGAGGCCAUUCUUCUGGCGAGAGCUAAUGAGUUGAGAUCAGGGGGCAGAGCUGUGAUCAUAGUUCCAUGUUUAGACAAAGAAGGACAAUAUCCAGGUGCCACAAAAAAUAUCAAGCAGACCAUGUUCCACAGUCUUACCAAAUACUGGAAGGAGAUGGUCACAGAGGGAGAGAUCACACAGGAAGAAUUUGACAACACAAGCAUCAACGUCUAUAUUCGAACACUAGAAGAAUGCAGCGCACCCUUUUAUGACGCGAACUCUGCUGUGUCCAAAUGUGGGUUAAAAGUGCUGUCCAUUGAAUCAAAAGUGGUGCGUUGUCCAUUCCAUGAGGAAUGGACAAGGAGUGGAAAGAAGGGUGGCCAAGAGGCAGCAGCCAAUCAUGCCAAGCGGUAUAUCCAAUCCCUCCGCGCCUGGAGCAACUUCUCUUUCCUCUCAGGUCUGGAUAGCUCUCGCUCAGAGGAGGAAAAGGCCGCCAUUGUGGAUAAGUUCUUUUUGGAGUACGAAAAAGCAGUGGCGUCAGGGCCAGAGAAUCAUAGUGCAGAUUAUGUUCAAGCUUUCAUCGACAUUGUAAAAAUGUAAAAUCUUCAACUAUUCUUUUGCUGAAAUAUGUUUUUCAUUGCCUCCUGUAUAAGGAUGGUAAAAAUGAACUUAUGUUUGAAGAGACUAGACUUCUUUUUGACAAGAGCUAUUCUUUAUUGCAUGGCCUGCUCAAGAUAUCGAAAAGACACGGCCACAUGCUACAAAGUCAGCAUUAUCACAUAAAGGCAUGUAUUCUUCGCUAAGUGCAAGUGUUUCUCUGUUGAGGACUUCAAUGCACUGACCAUCAACACCCCUUGACCACCAUGGAGUUAAUUUGACUCCUAUAUAAGGGUCAAAUUACCCCACUACCCGAGUCUUUAGACUCUCUUAUAAGAGUCAAUCACCCCCUGGCUCUCAUGGAGUCAAUCUGACUCUAAAAUAAAUCUGACUCUAAGUCAGAUUACCGGGAGCCAGUGUCUGGCUGACCCCUUUCACCGACUCUUUUCGCUCGCUGGACAGUAAGCCUUGUUUCAGUACUUGUGAUGGCAGUGGGCAGACGGCGUGGAUUGAACAGUUUGCAUCAUCCUUUGUCAAUAUAAACAUUACUUUAUUGGCCAUAGUUGGUUUUAUGCAUGAACAAGUGUUUUUCUGUGUGUUUCUGCAUGC